ACCGGGAAGAUGGCUGUCUUUCCUUGGCACCCCAGGAAUAGGAACUACAAAGCUGAAUUUGCGUCAUGUCGAUUGGAGGUGGUGCCACUGGAGUUUGGGGACUACCACCCACUGAAACCCAUAACUGUCACAGAAUCAAAGACCAAGAAAGUGAACCGGAAAGGAAGCACGUCUUCCACUUCCUCGUCUUCCUCCAGCUCCCUGGUGGACCCUCUGAGCAGCGUCCUCGAUGGCACCGACCCCCUCUCCGUGUUCGCAGCCACUGCCGACAGCACAACCACUGCAGCUGCAAUGACGGACGGCUCCAGGAAGAAACGUGACAGAGAUGAUCACUCCACUGUCGGGUCAGACUUUGAGCCGUGGUCCAGCAAACGGGGUGAGAUCCUCACGCGGUACACCACCACCGAGAAGCUUUCCAUGAAUCUGUUCAUGGGAUCUGAAAAAGGCAAAGCCGGGACCACCACCUCUGCAAUGUCGGAGAAGGUCCGGACCAGGCUGGAGGAGCUGGAUGACUUUGAGGAGGGGUCCCAGAAGGAGCUGCUGAACUUGACUCAACAGGACUAUGUGAACCGCAUUGAAGAGCUUAACCAGUCACUGAAGGAUGCCUGGGCCUCCGACCAGAAAGUGAAGGCUCUAAAAAUAGUCAUCCAGUGUUCAAAGCUGCUUUCGGACACAAGCGUCAUUCAGUUCUAUCCAAGCAAAUUUGUCCUCAUCACCGACAUACUUGAUACAUUUGGAAAAUUAGUGUAUGAACGCAUCUUUUCCAUGUGUGCGGAUAAUGGCAGCGUCUUGCCAGAUCACUUUUCUCCAGAGAACGUGAAUGACACGGCCAAAGAAACCUGCUUAAAUUGGUUUUUCAAGAUUGCUUCUAUCCGGGAACUCAUUCCCAGACUAUACGUGGAAGCAUCCAUCUUGAAGUGUAACAAGUUCCUCUCCAAAACGGGGAUUUCGGAAUGUCUGCCGCGGCUGACGUGCAUGAUUCGCGGAAUUGGAGACCCAUUGGUGUCUGUGUAUGCCAGAGCUUACCUGUGCCGGGUGGGAAUGGAAGUGGCUGCCCAUCUCAAAGAAAGCCUAAAUAAGAACUUUUUUGAUUUCCUCCUGACGUUUAAACAGAUCCACGGGGAUACGGUCCAGAACCAGCUGGUGCUCCAGGGAGUGGAGUUCCCAUCCUACCUGCCCUUGUACUCACCUGCUAUGGACUGGAUCUUCCAGUGCGUCUCCUACCACGCUCCCGAGGCUCUGCUAACUGAGAUGAUGGAGAGAUGUAAGAAGCUGGGAAACAAUGCCUUGCUGUUGAAUUCCGUGAUGUCAGCGUUCCGGGCCGAAUUCAUUGCCACGAGGUCUAUGGACUUUAUUGGCAUGAUUAAAGAAUGUGAUGAGUCCGGUUUCCCUAAGCAUCUCCUUUUUCGCUCGUUGGGGUUGAACUUGGCCUUGGCUGAUCCGCCUCAGAGCGAUCAACUUCAGAUUCUGAAUGAAGCCUGGAAAGUUAUCACUAAGUUGAAGAACCCGCAGGACUACAUUAAUUGUGCCGAAGUGUGGGUAGAGUACACGUGCAAGCAUUUCACGAAACGAGAGGUGAAUGCUGUUCUAGCUGAUGUCAUCAAGCACAUGACUCCAGACCGUGCCUUUGAAGAUUCCUACCCACAGCUGCAGUCAAUAAUGAAGAAAGUGAUCGCCCACUUCCAUGAUUUCUCAGUUCUUUUCUCAGUGGAAAAAUUUCUGCCAUUUCUGGACAUGUUCCAAAAAGAGAGCGUACGGGUGGAAGUUUGCAAGUGCAUCAUGGAAGCCUUCAUCAGGCAUCAUCACGAGCCCACCAAGGACCCCGUCAUUCUGAACGCCCUUCUGCACGUGUGUAAGACCAUGCACGACUCCGUGAAUGCACUCACUCUUGAGGAUGAGAAAAGAAUGCUGGCAUAUUUGAUUAAUGGAUUUAUAAAGAUGGUUUCCUUUGGCCGCGAUUUUGAGCAGCAGCUAAGUUUCUACGUGGAAGCUAGGUCCAUGUUCUGCAACCUGGAACCUGUCCUUGCACAGUUAAUUCAUAGUGUGAACCGAUUAGCCAUGGAGACCCAAAAAGUCAUGAAAGGCAAUCAUUCCAGAAAGACGGCUGCGUUUGUUCGGGCCUGCGUUGCUUACUGCUUCAUCACCAUCCCUUCACUGGUGGGAAUCUUCACGCGGCUCAAUCUCUACCUGCAUUCCGGGCAGGUUGCCCUGGCCAACCAGUGUCUCUCCCAAGCCGAUGCUUUCUUCAAAGCCGCCAUAAGCCUUAUUCCUGAAGUCCCGACGAUGAUUAACAUCGAUGGAAAGAUGCGGCCAUCGGGAUCAUUCCUUCUGGAAUUCCUCUGCAAUUUCUUUUCAACUCUACUAAUAGUUCCGGACCAUCCCGAACAUGGGAUCCUAUUUCUGAUCCGAGAGCUGCUCACCGUGAUCCAGGACUAUACCUGGGAAGACAAUAGUGAUGAUAGAAUCCGCAUCUACACCUGCGUCUUACAUCUCCUCUCGGCCAUGAGUCAGGAGACCUAUCUCUACCACAUAGACAAAGUGGACUCCAACGACAGCCUCUACGGGGGGGACAUCCAGUUCCUGGCAGAAAGCAACAAGCUGUGUGAGGCGGUGAUGGCGCAGAUUCUGGAGCACCUGAAAGCCCUGGCCAAGGACGAGGCCCUGAAGCGCCAGAGCUCGCUGGGCCUCUCCUUCUUGAACAGCAUCCUGGCCCACGGGGACCUGCGUAACAACAAGCUCAACCAGCUCGCCGUCAACCUGUGGCACCUGGCGCAGAGGCACGGCUGUGCAGACACCAGGACCAUGGUGAAAACUCUGGAGUACAUCAAGAAGCGAAGCAAACACCCAGACAUGAGCCACUUGACAGAGCUGGCCCUGAGACUCCCGCUGCAGACACAGGCCUGACCCAUUGGC